ACAGAAGCAUCACAUCUUUUCAUUCGAAUCGAAUGCGCUUAACGCAUGUUAUUAGCAUACCCGUCGUUGCGGCGAAGGCGCCUAUUUCCUAUUUACCCCCGGCAAUAACUCCGCUAACUCCGAACCCCACAUCGUCACCAUUCGUACAUCCCGACCAUUGAAUUAGCUGACGAUCCCCGUUGUUCCCACGCUCGGUUGUUACUCAAAGCCCUGACACCAUAUCCGCAAAGAUGGCAAAACUACUUGAUUUGUGCUACGACGUUCUCCUUCAGAUCCUUGAAGAAAUCAACCCUGAAGAUGUGGCGGCUUGUGCGCAGACGUCCAAGGGCUUCAACAGCUUCAUCAGGGAAAAUGCGCGGAUAUAUAAGACUCUCUACCUCAAACAUUUUGAUGAUCCUCGCCGGAGAAGACCGACAGAUCCAGAGCCUGCGUGGGUUGAGGAACUGCAAAGGCUAGUCAGAUGCCAGAAAAUGCUAUUGUCAGCCGAUAACGACCUCAAGCGGGAAGAGUUUACUUUCGUCGCAUCGACAGUGGAAAGUCUUAUCGUUACCAUGUCGUGCAACAACCUCGGCAUUAGUCACAACAGAACCUUGCUCAAGGAACUUUUCGAAAACAUCUCCCAAAACCACGAUGCUUUCAUGUGUCGCUCAUCGCAUUUCAGUCGGGCUGGGACAUCAACACAGAAACCAGCUGAGGAUGAAGAAGGCCGUCAGCUAAGCGCAAAACUGCAUAGCUUAUUCGGCUUCCCCAAUUCUAAGGGCUUUCCUCAAUCUAAGGUUGGAGGGAAGAAUGUACUUUUCACUCAACCGUAUGCCCGAUCACGCGUAUAUGAUUUAAGAAACUACACUGAUAAGAACAAAUGGGGCCCUUUCCGCAAAGAUGGAAGCAUGCGAGUGGAUUGGGAAAUGAUCGAAAGCAUCAUGAUCGUACUUGGAUACAACUCAUUCUUUUCCCUUCAGACGCUGAGCAACCGACUCCAGCUGCCAUGGCUAGACUCACUCGAGGGUGUCAUUCCAGAUAUGGGAGUCAACAUGGGCACCGAUCAACCAAAUUACAUAACGCUGCUACAGGAACCGGAACUCCCGCUCGAUAUGAAGGAUCCGUACAGAGUCCAAGGAAUUUGGUCCCGAGUUGUUUGCUUCCUGGAUUACACUGAUCUGUACCACUACAAUUUCGAAACGGACGCAAGAAGAGUUCCUGCUGACCAGCCAAGAGCACCACUUCACGUAGAUGAAGCCAUUCGUCACAUACUCAUGGAUUUGCGAAUUACCGAUGUUACCGCACCAGGCCCAUCAGACAACCCCGAACUCCCUGUGGUACACUUUAAAGGGAAAUCAAGAUCCAUAGAUGUUCAAUGGGAUCCCAAUGCUAACUCUGGCAUCCGUGGCACUGUGAGCUUGACGCCUGAGGGCGAAGUGAGGUGGCAGACGAUUUCAAUUUUUGAAGGUGAGGAGAGGUGGCGUAGCGAUGGUAUCCAAGUAGGCGGGUUGCGCUGUCCACGAGGCGUUGUCGGAACGUGGUUUGACAAAGACUUUGACGUGCACGGACCUGCUGGGCCGACUGCGUUCUGGAAGAUCAGCGACAAAGUUCUGGAUUCCGACGAUGAAGAUGAGGGCUAUGAACACGAUUUAUGGGAGGUUUAAUUUUCUAAGAUAGUGCUAGAUGUGUAAGCAUGCUCAAUACACAAGGCAUGCAAGACCAACUAAGUUAAGAUGUCACCGUGUUCCAUGUACAUGCAUAAAAUGCAAAUUUAGAAAUAUAUUCGAUUAGAGUUUUCUUUCCAG